UCAGUGUAAACAUUGAGUGCGUUGAGUGAACAAAGUUUUUUGUCGAAUUAUUUUUUUUUUUUGUAAGCGAAGAAUCUCAUCCCAGGAUGUUGCAACUAUAUGAAAUCGAAAAUCUGCUACAGUGUCAUUUAUUAACGGAAAAUUUAGCAUCCACUGAGCAGAAUCAGUUGUGGACACUCGAAUAUUCAAAGCUCGGCGGUAGGGGUUUAUGUGCGAAGCGUAAUAUUAAAAAGGGCGAAGUGAUUUUCAUUGACAAACCGUUGUUACGCGGUCCUCGACGCUACAACAAAUAUUUGCCGAUGUGUGCGAAUUGUUACAAAUCGAAAUCAACACUUUUCCCAUGUGACAAUGGUUGCGGGUUACCGGUGUGUUCAGAUCAAUGUGAAAGUUCAACCACACAUGUGAAUAGAGAAUGUAAAUAUUUACGAAACUUACAACCCACGUGCGGAACUAUGUGGUCAUUGGACUUGCUGAAAGUUGUCAUUCCCAUACAGUCUCUAACACUUUGUAAAUAUCAAAAGGAUCUGAUUGGUUGUUUACAAUAUCAUCAGGGUCCUCGCAUCGAUUGUGAUGAAAUAGAAUUGUUGGAACGAAACGUCUCCAAUAAAAUUGAAAAAUGUGAAAAGGAUUUCAUGAAGCGACUGUGUCGUGUACUUGAUGCUAAUGCAUUUGAGACAGCUGUUCCGACAGAUGGUUCGCUGACGAGUCUUCGGGGUCUGUAUCCCUUGGCAGCUUUUCUUAAUCACUGCUGUGUGCCAAAUGCACGACAUUACUUUAACAAAGAUGGUCUGAUGACCAUUAAAGCGGCUGUGUCGAUAGAGAAAGGCGAAGAGAUUACGUUGACUUAUACCGACUUCUUUUGGCCAACAUCGUUACGAUGGAAAUAUUUGACAAUGACAAAGAACUUUGAAUGCGCUUGUACGAGAUGUUCAGAUCCAACGGAGCUCGGGAGUAACUUAAGCUUUUUGAAAUGUAUCAACACAGAGUGUUGCGGAAAUUCAUGCGGGCCCCAAAAUCCACUUGAUUCGGAAACUAGGUGGACAUGCUGGGAUUGUAAGGAAACGAUUUCAAUGCAACAGGCUAAUGCUGUUCGGUGGAAAGUGAAAUCUCUUGUAAAUGAAGUACUGGGACAGUCGCCCGAGGAAAUUGUUCAAUUUAUCGAAAACGAAUUAAUUCACUUGGUUCCAGUAAGAAAUUACAUUACCUUGGAUAUGAAGUUUCACGUCGUAUCAUUUUUCGGACGAAUAGAUGAUCUACGCUGGCAAGAUUUGACAGAUGAACAAUUGCACUAUAAAGCUAAAUAUUGUAACGAUUUGAUUUCAACACUGGAUCAACUGACUUGUGGUGAUAGUCAGAAAAAAGCGUUGAUUCUCUAUGAAUUGUAUUGCACCAAACGAGAACAACUUCAGCGUAAACUCAUAAAGCAGAGAAAAUCACUUUACGAGCGGAUAACUUACGACGAUCUAAACAAAAUUAUGAGUGAGGUCAGGACUAUCUUGAGUGAUGAUAUUGCCGCACCUGAUAAUAUUUCCACACACGAAGACAUCACAUCACAGUUUUGAAAAAUAACGACAAAAGUCAAAUAUAUUCCAACUGUUCUACUGUGCGAAAGUCUCAAUCGAAAUUUGGUUCUUCAC